GAGAAAUAGAAGAGAAUGACCAUGGUUUCUCAUGGAGCUAAAAGGCAGGCUGCCAUGUCAGGUGAACCAAUUCACAGGAUGCAGCACCAACAGUACCAAAAUUGGUUAAAGAAGACGUGCAUGCCCUUUGUGAGAGGUCCUGAGAACAGACAUGACUUUGCCAGCUUUGAGGAGAAAGACAGCAAUUCUUUCCUUAAAUUCCAUCCAGACACCCCUCCAUUUGGGCCAAAUUACCCCUUAUUCCCACACCGAGAUGAUGUGCCUUUAGUAGAUCCCUGCUCAGGUUUUGUGAGUGCAGGAGGGGAUGCUGAACUGCAGCCUGGAGUUGGAAAAGCUAUUGAAUCCCUGGUGGACUACAGUGAUGUGAAACCUCACCAGCGGGUCCCCACAGUGGGAAAGGGGGCCCGGACCACCCACAGGAGGCAUAUGAUCCUCCUGGAGGAAACCAGCCAGGACCGACGGUGGAACUCCAGGGCUGUGCCAGCUGCUUUGAUCAGGGCACAACUCAGAGGUCAGACAACUCCACUGAAAGGUUUUCGUGCUCUGCCUGACCAACACCAUAAUUUUGCAUUUUGUAUGGAUUCCAAUCUCAAGGAAUCAAAUGAUCCUUCUGCAAGAUGGAGAGAAGAAAAAGCAAGGGACUAUAUCUACAAGUCAAGUACUCAAAAAGCAUAUGAAGAAGUUCCAUGGGAUAAUAUAUUGCCAUCCAAAAUCCAGCCUCCUGAAUCAACAGUGGAAGUGAUGGCUGAUCCUGUUUCCCAGUGUUUCACCAAAAGGAGAUACAAUCCUGAACCUGAAAUAAGCCAAGUUAUUGGAAACCUUUGGGACAGAUUUCAAAGAAGAUAUUUUACCUCUUCACAGAGACCUGUUGAUUUUGUAAGCCGAAGCUCUCGAAUCUGUCAAAUCCCUUUGUAUACUGGCUGUGUUGGUGCAGUAAAUUUUGAAGACAUCGACAAUCCCAGUGUGGACUUUAUCAUGUUUAACCAUGUGCAAACUCCAAAGCCUUGCUACACAAAGACUGCAUACACUCCAAAUAUCCCUGGAUAUACUGGCAAGGUUCAUUGGUCAGCAACCCAUCCAGCAAAUUCUAAUCUUCCAUCAACAUCACCAUCAAUAAUUUCACAAAUGCAUGGAUACAUAGCAAAACAUGGAAGAUCAUCUCAGUAUAAUCACCAGGGACCUUUUUCUCAGAUGAUGACUCCAGUUAGUCCUCAGAAUUCUUUCAACAAGAUUCAAAAAGAAACUAUUACAUUUUAAAAAGGGUCAGUCAUUUUUACCUGCCUAACUAAGCCUCGGUGUCUGAUAGCAAGGAGGAAGGAAAUGUGUGGAUAUUUUAAAUACAGAAUAAAAAUAACAUAGAAGUGGGUGUUUGUGGUAGUCUUAUUAGAUUGUUGUCAGAUAUGUGACCUCCUACCACUGACAGUUAAAACUGUAUUAAAAACAAGAGGAGCCAUAAGUCAAAGGCUUGAAACUUGCUCUCUAUAUUGAAUUGCCUUGCUAACUGAGGUAGAAUACGAUGGUCUAAAAGUUCUAUCAAUUGGCAUAUAUAUGUGGAUAUAUAUACUCAUACAAACACAUGUAAUCACACCUAUGUAAAUGUAUUAUUAACUAGUAAAUCAUUACAGAGCAGCAAUCCCUCUCACCAGACUGUAUCUUGCAAAGAUGGUUAAAUAUUACAGAGUGGAAUUUUAAUCUUUAUAUGUGCUGACUCUGUGUAUAGUAGUAAAUAAAAGGAGCCAGGUUAUGUUCACUGGUCUGGAGGCUAAUUAAUUCUGUUUGUCUCAUAUCCAUGCUUAAACUCUCAUGCUUAAAUUGAAAGCAAUUAAAUGGGGAGGAUGGAGUGCCAUUAUUCAAGCCUCUGUCUUGGUACUGUUUUAUUUUCUGGUGUUGGUGUAGACACCAUGAAGGAGUUGCAUUCCUGAGAAAGAGAAGACCAAAUGCCAUUUUGUUAGUCAGGAAGUUCUACUGUGCUCCAAGGGUCAAAAUAUUCAAUCAGUUUACUGUAAUUUGGACUGCCUCUAUCUUGAAGUCUCUGGUGAGUUGUAUUAUCCAAAUAAUCUAUACUGCUACUGAGUUACUUGUGUGUGGGCUUAUGAGGGACAUUUGUGCAUAACUCAUUUGUAAGAAACAGCCCAGUUAAGGGCUUUCAGUGAACAACUAUAACAUGUACCUAUGGCAAAAGAAGAAGAGAAGAAUGAAGACUUCACUGGAAAUACUGAACAGUAGGUAGGGAAUAUAAACCACAGAGCCAGAAAAAAUCAAGUCUUCAGAAAAGAACAUCCAUCAACAAAAAGACUAGAUCCUCAGCAACAACAGUGGAAACUGAGCAUCCAAAUACAUAAGGUUGCUGUGCAAAUCUCAAUUAUAAAGGAUAUACAAACUCCUAGGGAAAGGAAGCUGACAGCUAAGGAAGGAAAGCACAGACACUAAGGUAUACCAUUUUUCCUAGUAAGACUGCAGCAGAUUGCUUAUUCCAAAGUAGAGUAAAAAGACCCCAGCUCUUAAAGUGUCUGACCCAAUACAGAAACUCCAUCACUUCUGGUUGUCUGUAUUUUCAUUGUAUAAAAAUCUCAGAUACUGCAUUAUUUGAAAGAGAGGCUCUCAUCCAACCAGUUUCUCUGUAUGCAUUAUAUUAGAUUUCUAUGUACGCAUGCAAAAUGAAGGCAUGUGUACGGGUACAGGAAGGAUGCAGUCUGCCUUUGCCUUUUAUGCUUGCCCAUUUUGGAGUUGCACAUUUAUGUAAACCAGCAAGCAUUUUAGAUAAAAACAUAGUCUCUUUUGCAAAUUUGGCAUAUUGUAUCUCAUUGAAAUUACUAGGUACCACAUAAAAAAUAGUUGCAAUUUUUUUUUUUACUGGAUACAAAUAUUAUACUGUUAUGUCCUUGAGAAGGAUUCAAAUAUUUCAGAGUCCCAACUCGGCAGCACAGAGGGAGUGAUCUGGCUUUGGGUAAGAAUCUAGGAACUGUCUUUGUGCAGUGCAAUGCAGCAUCACAGGCUGAAUCAUGAACAGAAACUUAAAUUUCAUUCAAACGAGCAGAUGAAAACUGAUUACAUUUUAAGCCAGCAGUGGGCUGAGAACGUUGACUGCAAAGAGAUGCCAUCGCUUGAGUAAGUUCAGAUUGAAUGCUUUGUAUAAAAACAUUUUACACAUGGCAUAAUUAGGGCACAAUAAUCUAAAGAGAUAGGGACUGCAUUUAAAAUGGAACAGGUUAUCAUCAAGAUAACUCAGUGCAGUUUUCUCUGACCUUACAGAUUAAGUAAGAGUCAGAAUCUCUACGUCUAAUGAGUGAAAGCUGUGUGUUAGAACACCUUUACAUAAAUCAAAAUCAUAAAAAAAAAAAAAAAAUUACAUUUCUCCAUACUGCUAGAUCAAACUGAGGAAAUUUCUUAAAAAAAUGAACAGAGGGGAGGAAAAGCAUUUUCAAAAGUUCCUGGUUACUUUCAGUUUCUGUGAGGCUUAAACACAGAGCAGUAAGCUCUUGGGCUUAAACAGCAAAUGAAAGGGAAAUGCUUGCAUCCAAAAUAUAAAGCUCCAUAUUCCACUAAAAUCAACUAAAUCCAUGAUAUGCAUGUUUUCAAACAGUUUUUCCCAUUAAGAAGUUCUUAUGAUUUUAACAAAUCUGUAUUUUUGAUCCUAAAUUUACGAGACAGUAUUCCUUGAAACCCAAAGGAGGCAAAAUUUUCAAGUACUGAAACAGAAAAUCUUACAAAAGUAGUAGUUUGAAAAGAGUUAUGUGACACACUCAGUGUAAGGCCAGCUUUUGCUGGCUACAAUGGCAUCACUCCUGUUAGUGAAGACAGAUGGGAGCUCUCUUGACAUCAUGUCAAUCCUGUAAAGAGCACCACUUGAUUUAAUCUGGACCCUUCUAAGGUCAUGUGAUGUAGGGUAGGGUGUACAAGCU